AAGUCCAAGUGACAAGAAACUAAGAAAGUGCAAAAUACCAAAAGAAGUCGAUCGACAGAAAACCUUUAAAGUUUUGUGCAAAGGAUUGAUUGAGAACUGCAAAAUAAAAGAUGGCCACAAUUACUGGAGUCCAUGCAAGACAAAUCUUUGACAGCCGAGGAAAUCCCACUGUUGAAGUGGACCUCACUACAAGCAAAGGUCAGUUUCGAGCUGCUGUCCCAUCUGGUGCAUCCACUGGUGUUUAUGAAGCUUUGGAACUGAGAGAUAAAGAUCCAACUCAAUAUUUAGGAAAAGGUGUACAAAAGGCUGUUGCCAAUGUGAACACAAUAAUUGCACCAGCGUUGCUGGCAAAGGGAUUAGAUGUGACCAAUCAAGAGGCCAUUGAUAAAUUCAUGAUUGAAUUGGAUGGCACUGAAAAUAAAGGCAAGCUUGGGGCAAAUGCAAUUUUAGGUGUGUCUCUGGCAGUGUGCAAAGCUGGUGCUGCACAUAAGGGCAUGCCACUGUACCGUCAUAUUGCUGACCUUGCUGGAAAUUUGAAGGUUGUUCUCCCUGUUCCGGCAUUUAAUGUGAUCAAUGGGGGAAGCCAUGCUGGAAAUAAACUUGCAAUGCAAGAAUUUAUGAUUCUACCAACAGGUGCUGACAGUUUCACAGAAGCCAUGAGAAUUGGAUGCGAAACUUACCACACAUUGAAGAAUGUUAUCAAGAAGAAAUAUGGUUUAGAUGCCACAGCUGUUGGAGAUGAAGGAGGAUUUGCACCCAACUUCCAAGACAAUAAAGAAGGUCUUGAACUACUCAAAGAGGCUAUUGCUAAAGCUGGCUACACUGAUAAAGUUGAAAUUGGAAUGGAUGUGGCUGCUUCAGAAUUUUACAAGGAUGGAAAAUAUGAUCUGGACUUUAAAAACAAAGAUUCUGAUCCUAGCAAGUGGAUAACUGGCGAUCAACUGAGUGCGCUUUAUCAAGAAUUUAUAGCUGAAUAUCCAGUUGUCUCAAUUGAAGAUCCAUUCGACCAAGAUCAUUGGCAAGCGUGGUCUGGUUUGACUGGCCAAACUAGCAUUCAGAUAGUCGGGGAUGAUCUAACAGUGACAAAUGUAAAACGUAUCCAAACUGCGAUCUCAAGCAAAGCUUGUAACUGCUUACUUUUGAAAGUCAACCAAAUUGGUUCUGUCACAGAAUCCAUCGAGGCGUGCAAACUUGCUCAGCGCAAUGGUUGGGGCGUAAUGGUCAGCCAUCGCAGUGGAGAAACUGAAGAUACGUUUAUUGCGGAUUUGGUUGUUGGUCUGUGCACAGGACAGAUCAAAACUGGCGCACCUUGCCGUUCAGAACGCUUGGCAAAGUAUAACCAAAUUUUAAGAAUCGAGGAGGAACUGGGAGAGAAUGCAGUUUAUGCCGGAAAACACUUCCGUCGUCCUUCAGAAAUAUAAGAUUUUGCAACGUGGAACAUUUAAAGCUUUAAGCUCGAGAUAAUGUUCUAAAGACAAACCAUAGCUAUUGUUAUUUGUUUCGAAGUUAUUUUCAAUUUUAUUAAAACGUAUAA